CAGCUUUUCGGAGCUUAAUCCUCCCUCUUUUCUCUGUGCAAGCUUCAAGCGUAGCUCGCACCUUCUUUGCUCUCUUUGAACUGAAUUCUUGUAGUUUCUCGCCUCACAUCUGCCAGUUUCGCUUGUCGGCUGACGCCUGCUCAACGUUCCCUCUCUAUAAGUCCGCUUUCCAAGAUCUGCCCCGUACUUCGACGCCCGCCGUGAUGGCGUGGGCACAUAACGCCGUCCUUCCCUUCUUCGUGUUGGUGAUGGGAAUGAAGGCCAAGCUGGUUAUUCACCCCCUCUACCACAGCAAGAAGAUCAACUGCAACACCACCAACUUCCCCAACAACGAAUGGGAGGCCGAGGUCAAGAACAUCAUCGUGAAGGCGAUGAGGACGGCGUUGGGCGAUCUCGCCGAGGAGAGCAACAACAGCAAGGACAAGAAGAAGCGGAAGAGCAACACCGGCAUAAUGAAGGCACAGAACAAGAGAUGCAAAAUCGAGGGAUGCGAAGAACCGCUGGCAUCAGCGGGCAAAGUGUGUUGUGUCUGCAACAUAAUGGUGUGCAUUAAGCAUGGCAACAACAAGGAGUGGGACGGCAACAACGUAGUGCAGAUGAUCCUGGACGUGUGCGAUGACCAGGGCUGGUUGUCGAGGGGGGCAAAUUCAUCUGCCUCAACUACAUCGUGCCCAAGUUGGAGGAGGUGAGAAGCCAACAAGGGCAAGGAUGAAUGCGACAAGGAAUGAUUACGUGCGUGUAUGUGUGUGCUGUCAGGAGUUGAGGAUGAUUCAGGCCAAAAACGCUGGCACCCACUGUCCGCUGGACAAGUCGAUGCAGAACCUGAUCGACGAGUAUGCACCCGAGUACGCUAAUAACGAUAUGGAGAACUAAACUGAUUAGUUGCGGUGGUAGUGUAUAGGGGAGAGAGAUCGGGAGAGGGUGUCGAUUAAUCGUUCGCUCUGUACGUGUGCAUAUCUAUCUAUCUCUCUGUCUGUGUGCUUGCAUGUGUUGAUAAAUG